CAUCUCACACAUAUAGUGCGCUGCGCACCAUUUUCAAUUUUCCACUGUCAAAUUUACUACGGAACGAAAGAGAAACGACGACGACGAUGAAGACGAUGUAGCAAAACGCAAGAAAUUGAAAUUGUGAAGCGCGUACGAGCGAAAAUUUGUGAAAAAAUUGUGAAAAGACGUGUUUUUACGGUUAAAAAAUGUGUAAUAUUAUUAGAAUUAUUGUGUGACUAAGCUAAGGUAUAAUAAUUUGAAGUUCGUAAGUUAAUUUGUAACCACGAUUAAAAAGUUUGAUUUUUAUUCGCUGCCAUUGUCGAUGUCACAGUCGCUGCUGCGCUCGAAGCCGCAGCGAGGACGUCGCGCCCGUCAUCGACGUUGCUAUACCUAGUGCGAACCGAGACGAGAAGAAGCCGCCGCUGCUUCUAUUUGUAUUGUGUAGCCGACGUAUGUGCGGCGCGAAUGGACGAAUGUUGUGUGAAUGAGUGCGUGUGCCACAGAAGUGGCAGUGGCAAAACGCGCAGAAAUACAAAAUAAGUGAGUUGAUUAAAUAAACGCACGCACGUAUUAGAAUUAAAUCGUAAUACUGGUUCGAUUGUGUAAAUAAUUUCUAAUUGAAAUGUGCUCUAAAAUUAAUUUAAAGCCGAAUGAUGUGGAAUUGUACUGAAAAAUUUUAGUGGAUGUGGAAGGAGCAAAAGUAAAAAAAAAAGUGUAAAAGAUAAGUGAAGAGGGUUAGCAGAAGAAGUAACAUUUUUUUUGUUUCUAUUGGAAUAUCAAUGUCAUGUGUGCGAAAGAGAUCAAUAGUGGAUCUAGUUUGACAGCAACAAACCGAUAUAAUCAUAAAAAAGAAAUGGUGUAAAGAAGAAACGCGAACAAAGUGUAUGAUAAAAAGAAAAUUACAAAAGAGGAGUGCAGUGAAGUGUGUGAGUGGGAGAAGUGGAACAAACGGAAUUGUGAAAGAAAACAUAAAAAUAACUAUUCCAAAUGCAGGAAGCGUCAACAAAAUGGAUAAUAAAACAAUACAAUUGGAUUUCAAAUUACUGGUUGGGCAGUCGCUGAAUCUGCUCGAUAGUCUCGACGCUGUAUCACAAUGCGAUGCACUGCAUUAUCUGCUACGAACGCUAAAAUGUAAAUAUCCCGAAGCUUGUGAACGGGUGACAAGGUCUCUUUUCCCCCAUAUCACCGAUGAGUUUGCUAGUUCCACAAAAACCGCGAACAAGAAACAGUUGCAGCUGCAAUUGUUGCUCACUGCCAAAAAGGAAGAGAUUAAAACGGAAGAUGAAGGCUCAACGGAUCUUAAUCAGAACUUUGAAAAGAUUCUGUGCAAGGAAGAGAUCAUGUGUCUCGACGAGGACGAUGAAGACAUGGUUGGUGGCGUGGAGCUAGAUGCCGAUGUAGAAAAUUCGUCUUCCAAUAAUAGACGCUUGCAUUAUAACAGUACACAUGCUCUAAAACAAGAUCCACUCGAUCUGAUACCCUCGUCUAUUAUCAAUACGAGACACCUGACAACAGCGAAUUCUAGUGCCACCUUUGAGCAUGCAAUUGUGGGUAACAGUGUUGGGGCCAUGGCACGUUUAAGUGGUGAUGAAAUUUAUAACAGUUGGGCUGAACUGGCGACAUGUGAUCAAGAGAAAAACUUGGCACGUGAUAACACCAAAAACAAUAAACACAAUAAUUAUCCUAGAUUGCUAAGUGAAAAGCUCGUGGUCGGUAUUGAUGAGCGAUGUAAUCCAACUACGAAAGCGAAAGAUGACUAUUUCUUCUAUACCGAUAAUGAAUGGACCAUACACUAUCAUCACAGUACGGGCGAAUUUAAUGUGCGAGCCUACAAACAGCUAUUUCGUUUUCGCCUACAAACAGCACUAAACGAAGAGCAUAAACCCUUCUUAAAAAAAUUUUAUAAGAAUUUCAUUCUGUCUGGACAGCUGUUGGGCACGCGACCGCCAUUAAAUAUCCUUGAAAAAGUACGGGAACAACGUCUGGAAGAAUGGCAACAGUUACGUCUGAGAAAAUUGGCUGCAGCUGCUGCGGCUACAGCGAAUACGCAGAGACGGCAACUUUUACCUGCGAUCACAUUUGAUUCGGAACUGGAGUCCGAAUCUGAGUCGCAAAUGUCGACAUCGGUUGCAGCGCCCGAGAUGUUAAAAUUCGAGGAGAUUACCGAAGAAGAUGCGGGCGCUGGCCGUCUGGUACAUGGCAUGGAAAUCGGGCCGGAUAUCGAAGAUGUGUUAGGCGGCGGUAGUAGCGCAAGCGGUAGUGGCCAUAGCAAUAGUAGUAAUGGCGGUGCCACUACAGAUUUGCAAACAUUGGUUGCCACGACGCCAGAAAGUGUGUCGACGAUGACUACAACGAUAAACAAUACUAACACCGCUUCAUUAGCGGGAGGUGAGAGUACGACCAGCGGUAGUUUGAGCAGCAACAGCAAAUCCUUACUACAUAAUCAGCAGCAGCAACAACAAGGAAACAGUAACCUUGUGAUAAAUGGCCUUACAGCAAGCAAUAAUAUAAAUAACCAUAGCUACAAUAGUCAGCAAUUAGCAAAUAUUGUUGGUGAUCUUCCAAGUGUAGCUCCCAAGGAGCAGAAUCAGCAACCACAAUCUCUGCAGAGCAUUAGUACGCAACUCGAGCGGCAACAUAGGCUGUUGGAACAACAACAACAUGAACAACAGCCGAAUUUCUCCAAGCAAUAUCUACAAGAACGAAAUGAACAGCCGCUUAAUUCUUUACAUUUUCCGACGUUCAACGAUGUCGCCCGCGAGAAUGUUUUAGACGGCGCCACGCUGGAUAAUAGCAGUAACAGUAAUGUCAAGAUUAAUAAAAUCGAAUCGAUGCUCUUGCCAGGACUGAAUAAUUGUAGUAAUAGUAGUGGUAGCGGUAGUGCUAGCGGUCCUGGUAGCGAUUCUGUGGCAAUGAAAAAAAUGCCCGAAAGUCUACACAACAAUGUGCUGAAUGCAAACCAGUCACAUUUUCUGGGACUUCAGCAGCAACAACAACAACAACAGCAGCAAGAGCAACAGAGGCUAAUAAAACAAAAUCAAAAACAAGAUACUCCACAGCUGCUGCAACAACACCGAAACAUUAAUGCGAAUCUGCAGCAUACACAAACACACCCGCUAACAUUGCUGGGUGGUAUGGCUGAGAGUGCGCAGCAUCAAUUGCAACAGCAGCAGCAGGAACAACUUCAGCUGCAACAGCAGCGUAUGCAGCAACAAAGCACGAAUACAGCUGCGUUCAUAAACAGCAUUGACAAUAUACUCGAUAACGGUAGUUUGCCCGCUGUGAUGCAACAAAAACAUCCACAACAGCAUUUCAGUGCGGAGCUGUUGGCGCACUCGCCAACACUACAACAGCAAGGUGCGCAGCAAUCCGCACUGUCCGCACAUGCGCAAAUACAACAGCAGCAGCAACCACAACAACAAAUGCAACACACGUUGCCAAUGUUGCAUAUGCAUCAGCAGCACGUGGACACGCUACAACAACAACAACAACAGCAUCAUCUACAUUUGCAGCAGCAGCAACAACAAGUCGCUGGCACGUCUUCAGCUUCCACCGCACCCACAUCAGCAGCGUCUUCGUCGUUGUCAAUGUCAAGUGCACUCUCAGCGACGCCUAGCAACAUUUUGUCCGGUAUUUCUGCAUCAGCAUCAACUUCCGGUUCGAUUUCGUCAGCUUCGUUGAAUGUAUCUUUAGGGCUGGAUGAUAAUGAUCUAUCGCACGAUGAGGAUGAUGACAUGGAUGAACAUGAUUUGGACGAUAUGGAACCGAAACAACAGCUUAUUGAUGGCGGUAGUAGCAGUAGCACUUCACUACAAGCGCCGCCUGGUAGUACUGGGGCACAGGGCGCAGGCGGCACUGGUGCGAAGAAGGCAAAACCCAGUUAUCAAUGCUUGCAGUGUCCAAAAUCGUAUCGGAAACGAAAAUCAUUAUUGGAUCACUAUAAAAUACAUCCAGGGUUUUGUCAUGAUUGUGGACAACCAAAUGGCACAUCAUUGGAGGAAAUAAUUCAUCACAAUCGAACAGUGCACGCCAAGGAGUUUCCAUUCGUUUGUGACACGUGUGGCGAAUCCUACUCGCGACGUCAACAAUUUCAUGCCCACGUCGAAUCUCACAGCAAGAAAGAAUUCAAAAGUGAGUCUUAUUCGUGUAUAGAAUGCGGGCAAAAGUUUCCACACAAGAAACUGCAUCAACAGCACUUAGACACGACGGGUCACAAGGCUGAUGGUGCUAUUUGCGAGGUGUGCGGUGCAGAUUUUCCCUCGAAAAAUGCACUCUAUCAGCACAUAAUACGUGUCCACAAAAAAGACAACUUUUUCGAGUGCCACAUUUGUCAAAAUCGUUUUACUUUGAAAGCGAAUUUGGAACGCCAUGUACAACUACAUACGGAAGUGAAACGAACAUAUGUUUGUGAUAUUUGUGGUUCAUCGUAUUUUACAUAUCCGGCACUGAAAGAUCAUUACAGCAAUGCGCAUACCGAUGCAUCGGAAUGUAAAUGCACUUUGUGUGGCAAGCGAUUUGGCUCUGUAAAAUCACUGCAGCGACACUUGCCAUCACACUCGGAGGAGCGGCCACAUUGCUGUUGUUAUUGUGAUCAGACCUUCAAAUGGAAAACUCAUAUGGUACGUCACAAGCAAACCGUACACGGUAACCAACCAUCGCCGAAGAAAGUCAAACGUUUUGCCAAGGAUGAAGAAAUGGUACCGACACCAGAUAUGCCAGGCCCGCCUCCCGCGAAAGUUGCAAAGAAAUCCACUACGAGUAAACCGAAGCAGCAAGCGCAGCAACAGAAUCCGCAACAACAGCAGCUGCAGAGGGGCGUGAGCAACGUAUCUACACCACCGCCACUCUCCACUACACCCGGUACAUCUCAACAGGAUCCAUUCAAUGCAUCAAUGAUUAGCAACAGCAGCUCCCAAUCAUCCACUGCGUCAGCUUCGGCGUCACAGCAUUCACUGUCAACCAAUGAAUCCCAACAGAAUUCCAUGUAUACUCAGAAUUUUAAUGCCGAAAAAUUAAUUGGCCACCAGGCAGCACAGCAACAUCAACAGCAGCCGCAGCAACAGCAACAACAACCACAACAGCAGCAGCAGCAACAACCACAACAACAACAACAAACAUUGGCACAAGUGCCGCCACAGCACUGCAAUCCGGCAACGGUGGCAUCGGUACAUCAUACGCAACAACAACAACUUCAACAGCCGCAAUUACAACAACAACGACCAACGCCGCCACCUGCGCAACAGCAACAUCAUCGUCGAACACCCAACACCCCGGAUGGCACGGUUAACAGUGGGCCCGCUGUACUCGGCGUGGGUGGUGGUAAUGCGAAUGUAUCGGGCAAUAAUCUUAUGUCACGGCUAAAUAAUUUCGGUCCUCCCGCGGCUGGAGGUGUCGCCAAUAUAACUGGUGCGUCAGAAUUCCACUUCGACCCUAAUCAUGGUGCGUCUGCAGGGCAAAGCAAUGCCAGCGCUUAUCAACAACAUCAGUUAAUAAAUCAAUACCAACAGCAGCACCAUCAGCAACAACAAGCUGCAUCGCCAGCGGCCGUGGUACAACAGCAGCAACAUCUGCGCAGCCAUACACCGCAAAGUCCGCAUCAACCACAUCCUCAACAACCACAACAACAAACGCAACAUUUUACUUCGCCGCAUCAUAUGUCUGCGACACAACAACAAUUGCAUCAUCAUCAGCAAAUGUUGCAUCAUCACCAACAAAUGCAGCAGCAGCACCAACAGCAACAGCAACAACAACAACAGCAACAGCAUCGUCACAAUCAACAACGUUCACCGUUGCAUCAUGCUACACCCGCUCAACAGUUGCAGCAGCAACAUCAUCAGCCUUCACACUCGCCUCAACGGGGACGUUUGCAGUCGCCACAGCCGCAGCAAUCGCCGCUACAGCAUCAACAACAGCAGCAACAACAGCAACAACAGCAGCAGCAGUUGCAACAACAACAACAGUAUGCGCUGCAGCAACAAACAAAUGAACCACCUUGGGCUAAUAUUGGAUUUGGUGCCAAUGCAUUAAGUGGUGUUAGUGCUCAACAACCUCAACCGCAGCAACAGCAACAACCGCCUCCUCAACAACCACAACAACAACAACAGGGUGUUGUUGCUGCCAGUGGCGAGCUAAAAGACAAUCCCGCCAAAUUUUAUAUUGUUGACACGCCCGAUUUCCUUGGACUUCCCAUGAAUGUCGGUACCAAUGGUGGUCCAUCCGGCACAACAACUCCGAAUUCGCUUACUCAACAACAACAGCACCAGCAGCAGCAACAACAACAACAACAGCAACAACCGUCGGCAGUUGGACCGAGUGGUAGUGUAAGUAGCAAGCAGCAAGAAUCCACGAUUGGAGGCGAACUUAUGAGUUUUCAGAGUAUGUGGCCAUCCGCUGGAUCAGCUGCCUCGCAAAUGAUGUUCAGUGGUGGAGCACAGCAGCAACAGCAACAACAACAGCAACAGGCACAACAACAAGCUCAAAGUAAUGCGCAAAGCGGACAAGGUGGUGCCGUAAAUGUUGGCGCGGCCGAGCCGCAUAAUUACAACAAUAUUGGCAGUAUCCUAACGAAUCUCAUUGACACUGCUCCAACUUCAAUGGAGUAUAAUUUUGACAUAAUGCAACCGGGUGGGGGACAAAUGGGCGUUUCACAAACUCAAGCCCAGGCGCAGCAACAGCAUCCACAAAAUUCACUUACUGCUCACCAGCAGCAACAGCAGCAGCAGCAACAACAGCAACAACAAUCGCAACCACAACAUCCGCACUCGGCUCACCACCACCAGCCGCACGCACUACAGCAACAACAACACCAUAACGCCGCAGCCGCAGCUCUCGGAAAUUACGGUACAGCCGGAUUAAUGCGUCACACCAGCUUAUAUGGCUCACCGAGUGGAGCUUCGCUGUAUGAUACAAGCGCUGCGGCGGCUGCAGCCGCACACCACCACCAUCAUUUGCCUUCCCAUCAUCCCGGUUUAGGGGAUUUAACGGAACAACAACAAAAGAACAGUUUUCAACCAUAUCAUCCACAUGCGGCAUCACAUGCGCUUGGUGGACAUCAUCCACUUGCGCCAACCGCACAUCAUCCACUCGCUCCACAUUUAUUGCCGCCACCACCGCAUGCAAGUAUCUAUGAUCGCAGCGUAGGCGGUGGUUAUCCUACAAUGCUAAUGGGUGGUGGUGUUGCUGGCGGUGGCGAUGAGCAGAAAACUGUGCUGCCGCCAAUUAGUGAUUACAUGCAUCAUAUACAACAACAACAACUGCAGUCACAACACCCGCAACAAUCGGACCUAGUCUACUAUCCAGUGAAAAAUGAUUGACACCUAAAAUAGGGCGUAGCGUUGGGUGGUAGAGCAAUGACAGGUGAACAACAGUGUUUUAGCGGCAUAAGCACUUAUGCUGCACCAAAUCGGUUAAUGGCAGAACAAUUGAAAGGAAGCAUGAAUAACCACUCACAGCAUCAACAACUGCAAACGUUUAGACAUUAUCACAAUCAUAAAGCCGGAGAUGCACAUGUGCAUGCACAACUACCACUACAUCACCAUCUUCAAAACUAUGCUUCGGCACAUCAUCAGUCACCACACGCUUGGUGGCAUACAAUGACAGCGCUUGGCGCCACUCCGCCCGCAAUUACCUCACAAGCUGCAACAGCUACAGUUUCUGCGGGCGCUGUAGGAGGUGUAUUGAGAGACGAUGUUAGUGCAGCAACUGCUAUAUAUGCAUCAACCGCAACUAAGAGAGGCGAACAUUUCUUGUAAGCAUAAGUUAGGUUUAUAAGCUACAACAAAAAUAAUAUAUAUAAAACUAUAUAAAACAAAACCAAGUUUAUAUAUGUAUAUACAUAUAUAUAAUAAAAUAUUAAGUAGUUAGGAUUACGCAGGCUGCGAUUUGAUGCGUCAAAAUGUCAGCAUAUAUAUAUUCUUAUGUAUAGACCUUAAAACGCUAAAGCAAACACUCCAUUUAAAAACAACACGAGCUCGGAAUAUAAUUUCUAUCAAAAGCAAGUCUCUUUCGCUUUCAACAUUUCACAUUACUUCUUUGUAAUAAAGUCAUAAGUCGUACUUCCAACUACAAUAACGUUCAGCUCAAUACAUAUGAGUACAAAAUGAA